UCAAAAUACAAUAUAGAUAAUUUAUUGUAGCAUGCUAAAACUUUGUAGUGCCGUUUUGGGUGUGUCCUGUUAAAUGCAAAUGAGUUGAACUCUGCACUAAAUGGCAGUAUUGUGAUUGGAUGCUGCAGAUUAAGGCGCGGUUUUAUCCCCUUCUGACAUCACAAGAGGAGCCAAAGUUCAAUUACCUAUUUUUUCACAUGCUUACAGAAAAUGGUUUACCAAAACUUAAUGGUUUACCAUAAAGUUACGGAGUUGCUAUCAUUUUCUAGGUUGAUAGAAGCACUGGGGACCCAAUUAUAGCACUUAAACAUGAAAAAAGGCAGAUUAUCAUGAUAUGUCCCCUUUAAAAAAAGACAAGACAAGUAUUAGAUUAAGCUUAAAACAACUAAUAUCAAGAUACGUGUUUUAAGUUAUAGGUUAUUUUCUAUUUAUGUCAAGCUCUAGUAUAUUUUAUUUGGCAGAAAUUGUGAGGUGGGUCUUUAAAUAUUGUUGUGGACAAUGGGGGGUCUUGAAGUGAAAAAGGUGGAAAACCCCUUGUCUAAAUAAUUCUGUGUUGCCCCCAUGUGGACAAGUUUGGAACCACAGUGUUUUGGAUAAGAGUUUGUAAUCAGUCCACCUUCUUUACUGUCCCACAGGUAUAUUUUAGGUGUCUAUGUGCAUCACACAAUAGCUUUUGUAUUUGAAAUGUCUCAUAACAUAGCACAGUCACAUUUCUACUCACUGCUAUCUAUAUUGAACUCACUAAAUCUGAUGUUAACCACAUCUAGUUCACAUCUAACCGAUCAGGUUAUCCUAAAAUUGACCUUCACAUCUGACCCAGUCAUUUUCAUGUAGUCUCUUCUCCUCUUUUUCCAAAACCUCCACCACCCCCACCCUAUCUCUGAGGGUUCUUGAGUGUCAACCUCCAAUGCAGACGAUACUUUUUAGUAGGUGUGGUCUGAAAAGGAAGAAGAGGAAGAGGAGGAAGAAGAGAGUGAGGAUUUAAAAGGCGGUAUUGCUUUCUGUUUGCAGGUAGAGCACGCAGGAACGCGAACGUAUUACUUCAGUGCAGACAGCCAGAUGGAGCAGGAAGAGUGGAUCCAGGCCAUGAAUGAAGCUGCCAGUGUCCAAUAUCAGACUGCACCCAGAAAUCAAUCUGAACCCAUUUCUGCAGCCGACCAAAACGACACGGUAGCCAAAAGACUCGAACCCAAUGCUCAUCCUGAGAACAAUGGUCAGAGGCCACACCCCCAUGAGCCUAUCAACCAUGAACACAAUGGGGUGGAUACCAGAAAUUCCAUGCCCACCACCCCGGUGAUUCCAAAUAUAGAAGGCAGGAUAGGGGAGAAAGGACGCUUGGCACCACAUCAACCCAACGGAUGGGGUAACUAUGGUCCUCCUAACGGUUCAAGAUACCAAUCCCAAGAGAACAUGAGGGAUGUACGGGACCCACACGAGGAAAACGUAGUGUUGCGGAGAGGCUUUGUGCCCAGGACGGCACCGGAGAGACUCGCCCAGAGAAAAAGCUCUAUGACCCAGCUGCAGCAGUGGGUCAACCAGCGCAGAUCCGUGGUGCCACCAGAUGAUGGGCGCAGUCCAUCUAGGUAUUACACCGUAAACCGUGGUAUGUCACCGGAUUACUACAGUACGUACGGCGGGCCUCCAUUCGUGGAGGAAUAUCCCCUCUACCCACCAGGAGUACGCCCUGAAAGCAUCUGUUCCAUGUCAGCUGCGUACGAUCGUCCGCCCCCUCGCUGGUCUGCAGAGGAGAGACGGCGAUCAUUACGAGACGGACCCUUAUAUGGGCAACCUCGAGACCCUCAGUGGAUGAUGGGACCCCAGGGCCCUCAUCCAGGCUAUUACACCCAAGUAGAUGCAGCACAGAACUCCAUGCGACGACUUUCCAUUCAGCCGCGAUCCCGGUCCGUUCCUCGUUCACCUUCUUCUUCUUCAGGAGGACCAUACUCUCCACACAACUUUGCUUCGCCUGCCCGGUCGCCCAGUACAAGGUUUGAUCGAGUGCCUGGUCGAAUAAGAGAAGAUGGUAUUUACGCUAACCCUGCGGUUUACGGCCUGCGCAGGUCCCUCAGUUCACCUAAGUAUGAUUUCCCUGGAGAUCGCCGCUCUUACAGCCAAGGCAUGUACCACUAUAAUUACCCAGCAUCCCCCUCUCUCCAUGGUAAAAUGGAGGACAUUUUAGACCUGCAACUUCAAAGGAACCUGGAGUACCUAGAUCAGCAGAUGACAGAGAGUGGUCACCUAAUCGGCAUGGUAACCAGAAUGGUUGAACGUUCUUCUCCUCGUGCAAAGCUAUUUUCACAAGUGCCUCCAUUCCAUGAAAUGUAUGGUGACUUACAUCCCACGCUAAAACUUAACGAGAUCGAAACAAGUAAAUUACUCAACCGUCUGUGUGAACAGAAUCGACUAGUGAAAGAGCAGGAGACUGUAGUUCAUCGUUUACGAAUGGAAAAGGACAGCCUAGAGGGGGUGCUGGUGGCCACACAUCAGGAGAUGGAGCUGUACAGAAACCAGCCACUGGCCAUGGAGAAACUUCAGCUGAAAAAGGAGAGUCUUCAAAACAAACUGAUUAACAUCAGAGGAGAGCUAUCUCAGGCUUCAAGUGCUUUGACCACCACUCGAGUGGAGUUUGAGGCUCUGGAGGACGAGGUGAACGCCAUCCAUGGUGACUUAUGGGAGCAGCUGAAUGCUGGAGGGCAGAGUGAGCUGGUACACAUGCACAUUCAGAAAGAGUUUUGGAGGGUCCAGGAUAUCUUGGAGGGGCUGCACAAAAACAACCCAUCCCGUGGCACAGACACAGCCAAGCACAGAGGAACCAGUGGAGCAUCGGGCUCCUUCAGCACAAACAGUCCAGCGAGCCCCUUGAGUUCAGUGAGUCUAACAAGUCCUCUUAGUCCGUUCUCACCCGUACUUGGAUCCCAGUCCUCACCCACUAAACAGCUGGCCACAGAGGAGGUUGGCCCUCCGCGACCUCCGCUUCCUAAAUCUUACCAGCCCCUGGAGACCUCCCAGUCCUUUCCCCCCUCCAUACCGCCCCUGCCUUUAGACAGCAAUGCCUGGCUGCGCAGCAUGGGCCCUCAUGCAGGCAUCCACCAGGAAAGCUACAAGGACGGUGAAGAUUCCCACAGCAGAAAGCACAACCACAACUCACAGGGAGAAAAGACCAGCGAGUUUGAUUCAGAGCAAGACAGACUGUCUAACCAAAAUAAAGUUGGAGUUGUUCCACCCAGGACUAAGUCACCUUCAGAUGACAAGAGUAAUUCUGUUGGCAUUCAGCGGAGAAAUGGAAAGAUACCCAAUGGUCACAUUUCCAGGGAAAGGCCAAAGAGUGCAGUGUUCCCUGCAGAGGUAAAAUCGAAAAUGAGUGUGGAGGAACAGAAUGAAAGAAUACGAAGACACCAGAGCAGUUCAGUCAGAGACAAGAGACGAAGCCUCAACCUUUCCAACAACACCUCCACAAACUACAGAGUGGUGAGGAGGAAAGUGACACCCGAUGAGGUGGAUAUUAAGGGUUUGGAGGCAGCUGUGAGGGGUGAAAAUUUUGAGUCUCCCAGGCAGGAAAUUGCUCGUCUGCGACGACAGGUGGAGCCUGAACACUACGACCUGGAUAUAAGCAGAGAGUUGUCUGCUCCAGAUAAAGUCCUGAUUCCUGAGCGAUAUGUAGACAUGGAGCCCAGUACACCACUUAGCCCGGAGGAGGUGCAGGAGAAGCAAAAGAAAGUGGAGAGAAUCAAGACACUCAUUGCCAAAUCAAACAUGCAGAAUGUGGUGCCGGUGUUGGACGGGCCUGUGGAGGGAUCCAGUAACUCAGAGCAACAGCUUCAUGAACAAGAGAAGCGUAUCGAGAUCUCAUGUGCCCUGGCCGCAGAGGCUUCCCGUCGCAGCCGGCUGCUCUCCGCCCAGUGCCCCUCCAGUCCCCCUGCUUCCCCAACCAGUCUGGUCCCUCCCCCUUCUGCUGACUACUCUGACUCCUCCCACAUCAUGAAGGUGUGAAGCUCAAGCACUUGCAGCGGUCAAAUUUGAUGGCGAACCCUUCUGAGUGUCCAGCGAAUGAAGAUUGAAAACCGAACAAAAUAUGUUUCUCCUCUGCCAACCGUCGCAUUUCUUUUGAUUCCUUACAUCAUGCAGAGAAAUAUUUCAGUGUUUGGAUGUUAGCGGAGGUCUGUUCAUAGAGCGAUGUUCAUCUUCCUCCAUGUCUUGUUUUUAAACCUUACUGAACAGUCAAACCUACAGCAGAACUACACAAUUGAAUUAAUCAGAUGUUUGACUUGAUUCAGAGGAUGGGGGUCACAUUACAAAAGCUACAAAACUAGCCAGAAGUGGAAUAUGUUUACAGGUUCAUGUUUGCUGUUGGUCACAUUACAUUGACUGAAGCAUAUACAGAAAUUCAUGCUGGUAAAGCCGCUCAGGGUGGAUUCUACAGGCACGGGUACGUCGACAAGAAAGAGUGUCCGAGAAAGAGAUUUAAAGUCUGAGAUUCGACUGGAGGAAAAUAGCCAUGGUAAAGAAAGUUCCAGAUCAAGGACUACGGCAAAGUUGACAAGUAGAGAGAUGUGGAAUGAAAAUGAUCAUUUCAAAACACUAGUCACAAUAUCCACUGUGGAUACAGGUUGGAAUGAUGAAAGGUGACCAAUGGGAUUGUCUGGAACAUCCGUCGUCUGAGCAGCCAGAGUAGACGUCAGCGAACGGACAGUUUAUGCUGGGCUUAGAUGAAGGACCACUUGUCAUUGGACACUUUCUCUCCAUCACCUUCAUAUAGAGGAGUUCAAGGCCAGAUUCACUGUGACUUCUCUUGGCCUCCUAUCCGUUCUCCUCUUCUCCUUUCGAAACAUAGGGCUCACAAACCCUCUUCCUCACCGAGUACAACCUAUUGCAGUCUUUGAAACCAUUGUCAGGCCUUUUAUUACAGUGUAUGUCUAUAAAGAAAGCUUAUAUAUAUAUAUAUAUAUAUUGAUAUGACUUUUAUUCUAAUCUUUGCAUCAAAGCCAUGUGGACUCAUCAUAGUGCUUUAACUGCUAAGACAGUAGUUAGUUACCAAAAACCGGUACUUAAAUACUUGUGUGUGACAGAAUUUUUUGAAUAGCAGAGUUGAAUAUUUGGAAGUGUCCUUAGAGGUGUAAGUCUGCUUGUUGAAACACAACGUGUGUUGACGUCGGGCCAGCAACUUGCAUUAUAGCCUGUAUAUAAUAUUAUCAGUAAAUUAUAUAACCUGUCACCCCAACAGAAUAUAAAUAGCCCUUAUUUGUGGAUCAUUGUGCCACUGGGUGAUUCAUUUGGCUGGGUGGCACAUUUUUUGUGUAAAUAUAGAUGGUACUUUACAUGCUAUUAAAUAUUUUGGAUUAUUUUUCUAUUACUGGUAAGACCUUUUACCUCUGUAAUCAAGCUUCUUGAUUAUAAUGUAUUAAAAAGUUUGCCAAAUAAAUCUCCUGUUUUGUACUUUGGCUAAAGUCACCAUUGUUCCCCAUACAUGCCAUGCAAGUUGUUCGCCCAUACUGUGCUUGUUUUUUUUUUUUUUAAGGAACUUAAAUCGGUCUGAUUUUGGUUUAACAACUAAUAACUGGCCUUCGCUUAUGUAUAAUAUUCUGUUUUGUGAGAAUUUGUUUAACAGAGCUGUGUAUCUUUUACUUUCUUGCAUUGACAUCAAGUCACACCAUGACUGAUAUAUUGUGAUUGUGUUGUUCCUAUUUAACUAAAUAGAGUUAAAACACAGUACAUUAUGUGGAAGAAAGAAGUGAGUUUCUUCAUCACUGAGCAAAAACAGCCCUGAAAGACAAGACAGAGAUCUAUUUUUAUUGUUUUUGAGAAAGAGAAAAGAUUGUCAAUACGGAUCACAUAUUUUUCUAAGCAUGGACAUUUGAUGUAUAAAAUGAGAUUUGAUUGGAUACAUUUGUAAGAUGAUUAAGAGGUUUUGAAUUUUCAUGGUAUGGGGUAAUGCAGAUCGAGGCUGAUAUAUUUAUAAUUUAUUGAUCCAAACUAUAAAGCAUCUUUUUCAAGGCCUUGUUUGGACAUUAUUUUAAGUGUUAUUUUUUACGUACAGUGAUUGGAUAAAAUGACAAAAGUUGCAGUUGGAUAGCAGAAAUGUCUAUUAUUUGAUCAAAUAUGUAGCAUAUAAGGUGAGAUUAACAGAUACAUAAUAAGCACAUUGGUUUGUGUAAAUAUUUUUAAAUCAAAAACUGUAUGUCUUCAUAUUGACAGUAACUAAUGCUAUUUUAAGGAAAAAGAAACACACUGCUUGAGCUAUGCAAAUCAAUUGAAAUAAACGAUACUUAAUGUGCUUGCUUUAGAAGUACCCUCAUGCAAUAAAGUGAAUGUAUUAAAAAAA